UGUGAAAAUUAAUUAAACAUAAAAUAACAAAUCAAAUUUAUCUAAAAAAACAUAAUUUGUUGAAGUACUAAAAACAAAAGAAAAUUUUUUAAUUGUUGUUUUCAAAUUAAUCAUGAAUAAUACAGAUGGAAAAUAUUGCUUUUAAAUAAAAUCAUAAAACAACGGAUAGCUGGAAUAUUUUUUGGAUCAAAAGUUCAGCAAAUAAAAUAACUUUAGAUUUUGCUACGUCAUAUACUCAAAACAGCAGCUGCUUCAAUCUAAAAAAUACUAAAAUCAAAGCCAAAUUAAAAAAAAAAAAUAAUUUUACAGCAAAAGUUAAAGAAAAAAAAUUCACAUACAAAUAAGUGAAGUGAUUUAUUUUAAGUUUUUAUUUUGCAUUUAUUUUUUAUUUUUACAUUUAAGAUAGAAAAUUAAUUUUACAGUUGUUUUAAAGAUAAUGAAACAAAAUGGCGAAUCAUAAGACUUCCUGUUUUUUACAAGAAAUCAACUCAAUUUUCCAACCGGUCACCAGAAGACUGGUUAAAUAGUUUAUCCUGUGUUGUUAAUGGGUUACGAUAAAAAAAUUCAAAAUUAAAUUUUAAAUCAUGUUGUUUUUUGGAAACAAUAGUGUCAAAUUAUUAAAAUAAAAAUAAAAUAAGAAAAGAAAUUAGUGACAGUUUAAGUGCUGUCAUAUUUAUUUAGUUAAAACAAAAAUAUAUAUAUAUAUCAAAUGGCGGGCCCGCAACUUCAACAAAGGCAUCCCACUUCAUAUGGCGGUGGCGGCGGUGGUGGUGAUAAUACCGGCGGAAGUGGCAAUAAUAUAUGCAUAGCCAGCACCAGCACAUCGAGUGCUGGAUUACAUGCCUUGCGGCAGAUUUCCGAUCAAAACGAUUUGAUAUAUCGCGGAUCGACGACGCUGCCACAUUGCAGUAAUGGCGGCAGUAAUUCUGGAGCUGCAACUAUCAGUCGCGGAGUCAUAAGCGGCAGUGUUUCGGCUCAAAAUACCCAUCAUCAGCAAAGCACCAGUAAUACGGCGCUUUGUCGUCCUGGUACUAGCAGUAGUGAUGCACUUAUCGUUCCUGGAUCGCAUAGUAAUAUUGAAAUAACCGUCGAUGCGAAUAAAUCAAUUAAAUCAGAUGACGUUGAACAAGGCCAGCGGAAGGCACGGCAUAAACAUCGACCGAUAUUGAGGAGAUUAGUUAACUAUGUCAGAGGCCUAUUUCAGGGUUCCUCGACGACAAAUGAUUCCGAAUUAGAAGAAUUCGAAACGCCAGCACGAUAUCGUCCGGAUUCACUAAGUGCCCUCAGUCGUGCCACACGUUUUACUGAAGACGAAAUCAAACGAAUUUAUCGGGGAUUUAAGGCUGAGUGUCCGACAGGCGUUGUCAAAGAGGAUACCUUCAAAGUAAUCUAUGCGACAUUCUUUCCUCAGGGAGCGAAUCCAGCCCUGUAUGCACAUUAUGUGUUUAAUACAUUGGAUCAGGAUCAUAGUGGAAUAGUUAGUUUCGAGGACUUUGUUCAAGGACUCUCGGUUCUGUCACGUGGAUCGGUUGAAGAGAAACUCCGAUGGACGUUUUCAUUGUAUGACAUCAAUGGUGAUGGCUUUAUUACUAGGGAAGAAAUGACUGACAUUGUGACUGCCAUAUAUGAGCUAAUGGGUCGUGUACCUGACGAAUGUCCUGAAGAAGAAAAAAUUCGCCAUAAAGUCGAGCGAAUAUUUAGGAAAAUGGACACAAAUCGGGAUGGCGUUGUUACUCUUGAAGAAUUCCUCGAAUGUUGCCACAAUGAUGAAGCAAUUUCUAGAUCAAUGUCGGUAUUCGAUACAGCAUUCUGACCAUAUCCAGGCGAUGUUGUCGAUGAUGGCGAGGAACGUCGUCACUGCCGCCACCGCGCUAUGCGGCUACAUCGUCAUAGCUCAAAGAAAAAUAAUAUAUUAAAGGACACACAACAUAGCCAGAGCAAUAUUAAAAGUCAACAACCACCAACUUCACCAUCAGCCGCAGCAGUAGCAACAGCACCCCAUCGUCAUCAUCGGCAUCAUAGUAAAAGUAGUCGAUCCCACACCACCGCUACCACCCCAAACGUCACCGCCGCAAAUAAUAAUAAUAAUAAUUCCUCUAGUAAAACGAAGAAGAGAAUCAAAUUAAAAGAACGUCAAAUUGAAGAGACCCAACAAGGACUUCCAGCAGUGGCUUCUACAUCAGCAACAACAACAACAACACAAACAACAGACAAACCAAUUGACCGACGACAGUUGAGUUUAGCUAUUAAAGUUGAAAGGCCAUCAACAUCAACAUCAGCAGCAGCACCAUCAACCCUCCCAUCAUCAACCACGGACGAUAACUUAAACAGUAACAAGGACAUUAUUGUUGUUGUGGAGGAGCCAACCGCACAACAUUUACCUGCACCACCAUCAUUCUCAUCCACAAAGUCUUCACCAGGACGACGGUUAUCAUUGGGCUCUAAGCCGACAUCAAGAUCAGCGUCAUCCUCUUCCUUGGCGUCCACAACGUCGUCAAGGGCAAGCUCUUCCUCAUCGUCGUCAUCGUCAUCCUCAUUUUGCCGCCAUUGUUUACGUCCGCAAAGGGAAUUGCAAUUACGUUACGUUCGCCAUCGACGCCACAAAAAGCCCGACCCCAUUCAUCACCAAGAGGUGCCAUUAAUCCAACUACAACAACAACAACAACCCCCUGAACAUCAGCUAGCCAUAAUGCAGCCGUCAGCACUGUCAGACCCGGUGAAGGGCCGUCGCUCAUCCAGCAGACGUAUGCCGGCAGCAACGUCAUCGAAAACUGUCACCACAGUUAAGCCACAACAGCACACAGCACAUCGAAUGUCAUUCGGCGGUGGCAGCGGCAGCGGAGGAGGAGGUGGACGUGGAUCAACAACGACGUCAAUGGCGGCUGGCCGCCAACGUCUCUUACACCGCUAUUCCCAGCCCACAACAACGACAACGAUACGAAUAGAGUCUGAGGGUGGCGGAGCCUUCAACUUGUCACGUAAUCAAAACCUUAAUCAAAAUUUAAGCGUCACCACGCCAAACCUGUUGACGGUAAGUGGGGCAAGUUCAAAUCGGUCAAGUCGUAGCGGCCGAGGCAGUAGUAGUAGAAGUGGCCAACUAGACCAACAAACGCCGGAGUCACCCUCGUUAGUUAAGGUCCGGACCUGGUAUACCGUGGCCAAACAGGGUGUGUCGUGUUAGCAUAGCACAUGUGAUUAUUUUUAAAUAUAAGUUUAUUUUAUUUUUCUUAUAGAUUUUAUUUUAUUUUUAUUUUAUGUUCUUGUAUUAUUUUUAGAAAAAUACACAAAACACAAAAAAUAAUUUAUGUAAUUUUAUUUUUUAGUUUGAGUGGUGGAAAAAAUGUCCUUUUUGAUUUCAAUUUUGAAGACAUGCGAAAAAUGGCCAGAAAACAACAACAACAAAAAACAUAGAAAAUCAAACUUUGUGUCCAUUUAGCAGAUAAAGUCGAAUGUAUUUUGUUUAAAAAAUUAUUAUCUGCAAACUGCCAGGAUGCCUUAAAAAAAAAAAACAAAACAAACUAAAUUCGAAACAAGAAAUUUUCUGGUCAAGAAAUAAACAUUAAUUUUUAUUCUAUUUUGUUUUAAAUUAAGUUUAAGUUUUUAGCUUUCUUAAAAAAAUAUAUUUUCUUUAAUUUUAAGCCACUCAAGUUUUAACAUUAAAAAAACAUUUGUACACAAAAACAGAAAAGAAUACACCCCCUCCACUCACACAAGACCACACAUUUAGUUAUUAAACAAAAAAAACAUAAAAUAAAAAAUAUUUAUAUACCUUAGGGAAGCGUAAUUUAUUAUUAAAUAAUUUUUUGUAUAACAAAAUAAUAAAACAAAAAAACUAGUAAAUAGUUUAAAUUAUAUUUAAUUAGUUAUUGUAGAUAAAUUAAAUAAAACAAAAUAAAUAUAAAUAAAAUGAAAUACGUGCAUAGGUUUUUUUGUGUGAAAACAAUAGAGUUCAGUCAAUCAUACAUUUUAAGUUUUUUUUUUAUAAAUCUAAUUUUUUCAUUUUUUUAAUUAAUUAUUUUGUCUUAAAAUUAUUUUAUUUAGUUAAGUUUUUGUUUAAAUAAAUUAAACUCACGGUUUAGAAGUUCCUUAGUCUAUAAAACAAAAAAUACACACGUAAAUUUACGGAAGGAAAAAAGUGAUUCAAAAUUAAAAAAUUAAAUGUGCGUUAUUUAAAUGAAGCAGAAAAUAAUAAAAAUUGA